AGUGCGAACGGUGUGUUCAACUCUGCCGCCGGUGAAUUCAAAUCGACAAAUGGACCGCACGGUUGUCGCGUGAAUCGAAUUUACUCACAGUUACAGUGCCACGAUGUAUUCGAAACGGUGGUUUUUUGUGAUCCUUACUUUUGUGGUGUUUAAAGAUAGUGUGUGUGGUGUGUGCCCGACACCUUGUACCUGCAAGUGGAAGAGUGGUAAACAAACUGUGGAGUGCAUGGAACGUGGACUUAUCUCGAUCCCGGAAAGUGUCAAUCCCGAAACUCAAGUGAUCGAUCUAUCGGGUAACAACAUACAAAUUUUACCGCGGGAAGUGUUCCACCGGUCCGGCUUGAUCAACCUCCAGCGUGUCUACUUGAGAAACUGCAGGAUCGGCCAGAUUGACGACGUCGCCUUCCACGGACUGACCAAUUUGAUCGAACUCGACCUAUCUCACAACUUAUUAACAUCGAUACCAUCGGGCACGUUUCACGACAUACCAUUUUUACGUGACCUAAUUAUCUCGAAUAAUCCCAUUCAAAAAAUUGAGACGUUCGCUUUCCAAGCCCUGCACGGCUUAGUCAAACUGGAUGUAUCGAACUGCGAGUUGCAAACUAUUUCCCCUAAUGCCUUUGACGGCAUCGACAUGCUUGAAUCUCUCAAGAUUAAUGGCAAUCGACUGACAGAACUCCGGUUACACACCGUCGAAACCCUAAGCAGUCUCAGCAGGCUGCACGGCGUCGAGCUGCACAACAAUCUAUGGCACUGCGACUGUCGUAUGAGACCUGUCAAGGAAUGGCUAGUCAACAACAACAUCCCGGUCCCAAUUUCACCCAAAUGCUCCGGUGGUCCGGAACGUGUCAUCCACAAAACGUUCUCAGACCUGCACGUAGACGAUUUCGCGUGCAAACCGGAAAUGCUCCCCGUUAGUCGCUAUGUAGAGGCCAUUAAGGGCGAGAAUGCCACUUUAAGCUGCCGGGCCAAUGCGAUUCCGGCUCCGUUCAUCAACUGGUACUGGAAUGGCCGACUUCUCGUCAACGGAUCCGGAUUCAACGGCCAUCAGCGUGUCUUCAUAAUGGAGGAAGGCAAACAGGAAAAGCGAAGCUCGCUCUUAUUGACCAACGCACAAGAAUUAGACUCCAACGAUUUCUACUGUGUCGCAGAGAAUCGUGCCGGAAACGCUGAGGCCAACUACACCCUACACGUCACCGUCAGCUCCAUGGGCCUCAUCACUUUGGGUAACGGACAGAUCGUAGGUCUUAGCGCUGCUCUCGUCGUUCUCAUCAUAUUCAUCCUCAUCAUAAUAUCUAUUUUAUUGUCGAAGCUUCGCAGAAUUCCUUUCACAGAAAGCAAGACGCCCGGCCAGAUAGAAAUUGUAACCGUAGUGAAUGGUUCAGCCAUAGCUAAUGGCAAGGUGGGAUGUUCGCCAACGAAUCCAUCGCAAGAAACGUCAACGUUCACAGAACGUAAACUGCAGUCAGACUCCAACUACUGCAAUCCAGUCCAGAAGCCGCCCAGAUUGAACGAACUACCAUUCCCCACAUCCCAUUAUAAUGGAAACAGCAGCAUCAUGCCUGGUUCCUGUUACGUUUCGCCCUCCUCCAUCAACAACCCGGAUUUGAUCAACGACACGAAAGUUAUGGGCAGCGAUGAGAUGAUACCUGUAGCAGUGGCCACCACCAACGAAACCUCUGAUGAUUUAGAACGACCUGGAAGCGGAGAGUACAACAGGAACGUUGACUCGCUCUAUCCUUCCGGAUUGUGGGAGAACGACACGCUUAGGAAUCUGACCGGAUACCAAUAUGACGACAAGACACCGAUCAUGGGUGAUGGCUUGAGUGUUGGAGGUUCAGCCGAAGAAUUGAGUUACAGACUGGCUCAAGGCACUAACAGGGUCGUUGGUUAUCCUUCUGAUUAUGGACUACCGAUCACCAUGACCGAACCCCCGGUAGCUUCAGCUGCCAAUCAAGUACCGCUUCCUGCUAACGCAAAAACUCUGAGGGUCUGGCAGAAAGGGGGCGUUCCAGUGUUGCCACCAGUUACCGCUUUGAAGAGGGCUCUCUCGCACAACAGGAAUAGUCCGGAUGAAGGGUAUCAGGAGGGUUGCGGUACUGACGUUUAAGGUCCACGGUUUAGAGGCUGGUGAAUUUUUCGGUAAAUGAAAACAGGUCUAAGACUUUUGAUUGUAUAUAUGUAGGUUUUCAUUUAUGAAAAUACUGACCGAAGAGGAUGAUACCAAAGACAUGUUCCUAAUUAUUGAAUUAAAAAGAGUAUGGCUAUAAAAUUGUGUCGUGCGACUUAAAAGGUGCUGUGAAUGAAACUCGGACUGGACUAAGACGUGUUAUUAUUUAUAAAUGUUUCUCCCCAUGUGAUAUGUCACUUAAUCGUGAAAAAUUUUGUAAAUAGUUGUGUAAAUUUUGUAGAUAAUUCCUAUAGUAAAAUUAAACGAAAAUUUGGAGUAUACAUGGUCUAAAGACUGAACUAAGUAGUAGUUGUUGAUGUCUGGUUGGUUAAUAUAAUAUUAUGGGUACGUAUUAUCAUAAUAAUCACACUACAUAUUGGCAUUACCACAAGCAUUAAUAGUUAAAAUAUUCUGUCCUAAAAUUUAUAAAAAAAUUGCUUCUUGUAUCCAUAGUAUUUUCGUUAACCACCUUAAUGUAUAAAACAAUAAUUACUCAGAAUAAGUUAUUUAUUUUUGUAUUUAUUAACUGUAUAAUCCAAUACAUGUACCAUAAAUUAAAUGUACUAAUAGAAAGAAAGACUUGUUCAAUAUAUGUAAUAAUUGCGAAAAAUACUUUAAAAUAAAAAAAAUGUUGUGUACUGUUUAUCAACAUAAACUAAUAUAACUCAGUAUUCUUAAUGUUACCAAAAUGUAUAUUCCAUGUGACAAGGUAAUUUUGUUAAAUAAACAAUUAAACCAAA